CGUGGGCGCGAGUGAAAGCGCCAGUUGUAUGUUGUGUGUGGUUUGCUAGUGCGUCUUGCCAAGUGCCUCCGUUUCAGACAUUUUUUGAAACUAUGUUCUCUGUAAACGUGUUUUAAUACGCGAUUUAAACAACGUUAGAGGUGCUUAGUUAAAAGGCGGUCUUAACUACUGCCCGACGGCAUCAUGUCCGCUCAAUCUGGCUCCUCCCCCACGCCCAUCCGCCCGUGGCAGGACUCGUUGCACACGGUCGGCGCGGCGCUCAACUUCCUCCUCGCUUCCGGGACUCACUCUGACGUAACGCUGGUCGUGGGUCGAGAGGGGAAACAAUUCAAGGUCCACCGGUUGAUACUGUCCAUGAGGAGCCCUGUGUUCGAAGACCUACUGCUCCUCGACGCAGAGAAUAAAGGCAAUGUGGUUCCCCUUAAGGAUGACUCUCCAGCAGCUAUGCAUUGGUUACUAAACCACAUCUACUCAGACAAGCGAGAAAUUGAAAGUAUAGAUCUUGCCUUACAAGUCCUCGGUUUGGCGGACAAAUAUAUGGUUGCCAGUGCUUACGACACAUGUAUGAGGUAUCUCCAAACGAUCGUGAAACGCAACAAUGUGCUCAAGAUUUACAAGUACCUGGUCCAUCUCUUCCCAGACAACGAGUCCCUUCGGAGCCUUUGCAGGAGGGUCUUCAUGGACAACGGCAACGCGGUGUUGUUGUCUCAGUCGCUCCUGGAUCUGUCUCCUGAAGCCUUGGGCCAACUUCUUCAGGAGCCCUUGAGAGUCACCUCAGAGGCCGUCAUUCUCAAGGCUGUGGUCUCCUGGGGAAACGCCCAGUUAAAGCUGAAAGGAAAGCCCAGCACGCCCGAGAACCUCCGCCAAGAGAUCCGUCGGUUCCUCCCAGAAAUUCGCUUUUUCACGAUGACCUCCGACGAGUUCGUGCAGAGCGUGGUCACGGCGGACGUCCUCUCGCCGGAAGAGAGCGUGUUCGUGCUCAAACACAUCGCCAAGCCCACCGGGGACACCAGCGGGGCCGCGGCGCUCAACCUCAGCCCGUCCAGGGAGAACAGGUCGUCACUGAUCAGCAAGGAUCAGAUGCGAACGUGCGUGUGCGAGGGCGUGAGCAAAUCCUGGCUGAGGGAUUCCUUCUACCAGUUCCACUUCGUUCCCGACGACAACAUAGUGCUUCUGGCCUUGAAGAUCCAGCUCAAUGGUGGCACCGAGGAGAUUCAGAUCGAGAUCCGGAAAGAAGAUUCAAAAUCCCCUCCUCUAUGCACAAUGAACAGCCGAGGCAACAACAUUUCGUUCAAGAACCCUAUUCAUCUCAGGGAAGCAGUCACGUACGUCUUCACUCUGCACACGAUAGACGCGGAAACAUCACUCUAUGGGGCCAAGUUCGCCAAGAAGGAAUAUGAAGAAAAUGGAUUCCACAUCGCCAUCGGCCCAGGAAUUUUCAUACAGGCUUUGGUGUUCAUUUAAUGCAUUUUCCAUCAGUGUUUAUUUUUCAGUGUGUAAGUUUUAAGUGUUAGUCUCAUUGAAUAUAGAACACACAUUUAAAUGUAUUGCAUGUUAAGUAACUUGUCUUAAGGAUAUAAAAGAAUUUCAGCA